AUGAGACAGCGAUUCUGCGUGCAUGGUCUACGAGCAUUGGUAAGAGCAGUCGCCAAGGCCUGCCAACAAUGUCGUAAUCGACGAGCUACUCCAAACCCGCCGGAAAUGGGCAGGCUACCAGCGGAGCGUCUAUCAGCAUUCACUCACCCAUUCGCAUUCACGGGCGUCGACUACUUUGUGCCCUUUGACGUGGUGGUUGGACGACGGCAUGAAAAGCGUUGGGAAGUCGUGUUUACCUGCAUGACCAUACGAGCGGUACAUAUUGAGAUUUCGCCCUCACUCUCGACCGACUCAUUUCUCCUAGUAUUGAAAAUGUUCAUAUCCAGACGGGGAGUUCCCCGGCAAAUCAUUUCGGACAACGGCACAAAUUUCCGAGGUACUAGUCGCAUAUUGGCCGAUGAGAUCGAAAGGCUGUCAUCUGACGCGCUGGUGAGAAAACACCCUGAAAUCGAGUGGGCCUUUAUACCACCAGCCGCACCCCACAUGGGCGGCGCGUGGGAGCGCAUGAUCCGAACGGUGAAGGCUGUACUGAUGGAUAUAUUACCAAAGAGUUUUUUACGCGAAGAGGUGCUGAGAGCGGCGCUAGCCGACGUCGAAAAUAUCAUAAAUAUGCGACCCCUUACUUACAUUCCGCUGGAUUCGUAUGAGUGUGAAGCUUUAACGCCAAACCACUUUCUCCUAGGCAAUUCAAGCGGCAUACGCGAAAAGGAUGACUUCGAUGCGGGUAUGCCUACGUUGAGCGAGAACUUCCGUGCCGCUGGCGACUUAGCUGAUCGAUUUUGGAGACGAUGGAUACGCGAGUACCUACCGGGCCUAACCAGACGCGCGAAAUGGUUUGAAAAUCCACAAGCACCCAUUGCUCCAGACGACGUCGUCAUCAUUGUUGAUGAAAAUGCGAAACGGAAUAGGUGGACAAAAGGAAGAGUGCUGGAUGUCAUAGGCGGUAGCGAUAGGCAAAUCAGAAGUGCAGUAGUGAAGACGUCUAGUGGUUUAGUGACUCGCCCCGUGGUGAAACUUGCGCGCCUAGAUCUGAAAUCAGUGAACCCCACGGCGGAGCAUGGAGUUCGCGGAGGGGGGAAUGUUAGCGCGCAAUAA